UUACUGAGAGCAGCCUGUCUUUUCCAUAUAUCUCUACAUUUAAUACGCGCACUGACAACGCGUGACUUGAAAUACAUCACUAAGCAACGAAAGCAAGGGUGGGCCUGAUUGUUAAGAAAGAAAAGAAAAAGAAAAAGAAAAAGAAACAGAAGGGCUGUCCCGAUCCUUUUCCACGUCUAUACGACCACACCUUCAAAUUUUCCGUCACUUUCCCUCACUCUCGGAAACAAGAAACAAAAGGAAACCUAUUUAAACCUCCAGACUAGUUUUUAUUCUCUCUAGUUACCAAGAUGGGAACUCAAAGUCAAAUGGAGUCUAUGGGACAGUGUCAGAUGCUUCCUCCAGAACCUGGUACUUUUCAAGAUCGUGAAGAGCUAAUCAAAUAUGCUCGUGACUUUGGGGCUAAUCAAGGAUAUGUGGUGACCAUUAAAAAAUCUAGGAAGGACAGAAGAGUUAUCCUUGGUUGUGAUAGAGGAGGUGUUUAUCGUAACAGGCGGAAGAUUGAAGAAAGUCAGCGUAAAAGGAAGGCAUGUUCUCGUCUCAUAAAUUGUCCUUUUGAAGCAAUUGGUAAGAAAGAAGAUGAUUUAUGGAUACUGACUGUUAAAAAUGGAGACCAUAACCAUGAACCCUUAAAAGACAUGUUGGAACAUCCUUAUAGUCGUCGUUUCUCUGAAGAGGAGGUUAGGCAAAUUAAGAUGAUGACUGAAGCUGGUGUAAAACCAAGACAAGUCCUAAAAGCUCUCAAGCAAAGCAAUCCAGAGCUACAGUCAACUCCGAGGCAUUUGUACAACCUCAAAGCUAAGAUUCGUCAGGGAAACAUAUCAGAGAGAAGUUUUAAGUCAUGGAGGCCUAACAGAUCUAUUCCUGUAAACACUAGCACUACUCCUGCUGGAGGGUCAUUAAUGCAAAACAACCAGCCUCUGAAAGUUCCUAAUUUCAUUGGAGGAAAAUUUGUAGAGUCGCAAGGGUCUACAAUUAUUGAUGUGAUUAACCCUGCUUCACAAGAGGUUGUUUCUCAAGUUCCGUUAACCACCUACGAAGAAUUUAAAGAUGCAGUUAUUGCGGCCAAGAAAGCUUUUCCUUUGUGGAAAAACACCCCAAUUGCCACUCGACAACGGAUAAUGUUCAAACUCCAGGAGCUUAUUCGCCGGGACAUGGAUAAGCUUGUUGUGAAUAUUACCUUGGAACAGGGUAAGACGCUCAAAGGUGCCCUAGGUGACAUACUUCGUGGUUUAGAGGUAGUCGAACAUGCUUGUGGAAUGGCAACUUUGCAAAUGGGGGAGUUUGUGCCUAAUGCAUGCAAUGGAAUUGAUACAUAUUGCAUCAGAGAACCACUUGGUGUUUGUGCUGGGAUAUGCCCUUUUAACUUUCCAGCAACGAUUCCUUUGUGGAUGUUCCCGAUUGCAGUUACAUGUGGAAAUACGUUUGUUCUUAAGCCAUGUGAAAAAAAUCCAGGGGCUUCAAUGAUACUUGGUGCGCUAGCUAAGGAGGCUGGUUUGCCCGAUGGUGUCUUAAACAUUGUACAUGGCACCAAUGAUAUAGUUAAUUACAUAUGCGAUGAUGAUGAUAUUAAGGCUAUAUCACUUAUCAGUUCAGACAUUACUAGAAUGCACAUACAAGCUAGGGCAGCUGCUAGAGGCAAGCGCGUUCAGUCCAAUAUAGGGGGCAAAAAUCAUGCAAUUAUCAUGCCUGAUGCAAGCAUGGAUGACACUUUGAAUGCUUUGGUUGCUGCUGGUUUUGGGGCUGCAGGACAACGGGGCAUGGCCCUGAGCACAGCUGUUUUUGUUGGAGGAUCAAUGACAUGGGAGGAUGAACUAUUGGAGCGUGCCAAAGCACUUAAAGUGAAUGCAGGCACUGAUCCCAGUGCUGACAUCGGUCCAGUUAUUAGUAAAGAGGUAAAGGACCGCAUAAGCAGAUUAGUUCAAAAUGGUGUUGACAGUGGUGCCAGGCUUCUUCUUGAUGGGAGAAAUAUUUUGGUUCCAGGGUAUGAGAAAGGAAGUUUUGUUGGUCCUACAAUAUUAUGUGAUGUAACAACCAACAUGGAUUGCUAUAAGGAAGAAAUUUUUGGUCCUGUUCUACUUUGUAUGCAGGCCGACAGCAUAGAAGAAGCCAUAAACAUUGUAAAUAGAAACAGGUAUGGGAAUGGAGCAUCCAUAUUUACAACCUCUGGUGUUGCAGCAAGGAAGUUCCAGAAUGAUAUCGACUCGGGGCUGGUUGGAGUAAAUGUUCCUGUUCCUGUUCCAGUACCAGUUUCCUCAUCUAGUGAAGCAAAGGCAUCUUUUGCCGGUGAUCUUAAUUUUUGUGGAAAGGCAAGUGCGCAAUUUUACACCCAGAUCAAAACAGUGGCUCAACAAUGGAGGGGCUUGCCUAGCCUAGGAGUCUCAUUAUCCAUGCUUGCUUCAUUUGAUACUGAAGCAACUCAAGGAUUUUCUUCAGUGCCUCCACCUCAGAGAGAUUCACCUAAUGAAAGAGCGUUACAGGACACAUCACUGGCAUCAAAGAGAAAUUCUCCAAAGCAUGGAGAGCUGCCGAACUCAGGAGUAUCAUUUAUGCCUGAAAUAGUUGAUGGGGAUAUACCAGGCCAGCGGGUAUCUCUGAUUUUGCCUCCAAGAGCUGAGCAGGAUUUAUUGGACCGUGAAAAUUCACUUGCUAUACUUCCUGCAACAGAGAGUGGUUCAUCUAGCCAAGAAAUGUCCCAGACAUCUGAAAGCAUUUAUAGACCUCAGACAUCUGAGUGGAAUGGAAGACCAUCCUUAACAUCUCAGAGGACUGAAGGCAUACCUUCAACGUCUCAGAGGGUCUUCAUACCUACAUCGCAGAGAAAUGGCAAUGUUGGUUCAUCAUCCAAAAGUAGUGAUGCUGCAAUGACUUUGACUUCUGAGUGUGGAUAUGUGUCUACAUUUCAUGAGAGCGACAAUAUGGGUUCGUUAUCUCAUAGGAAUGACAGCAUGACUCCAACCUCACGUAGGACUGAUGCUACUAUACAUCCAGCAUCUGAGAGGUUAUAUGACAUAUUAGCUGCUUCACAUUUGAACAACAGUAUGGGUCAAACAUUUCAAAGGAAUGAGACAAUGUUUCCAACUUCUGAGAGGAGAUAUAUACCUGCUACAGCUCACAGGAAUGACCAUAUAGGUUCGACAUCUCAAAGGCCUGAUAUCAGUUCACAGGCAUCAUCUGAUAGGAUUUAUGUGACUGGAACAUCUCAAAGAACUGACACCGUGAUUCCUGCUUCUCAAAGAGCUGAUACUCUGCCACCUUCAGAGACAAUCUAUAUGCCUACAAUUGUUCAGAGAAAUAAUAGCGCGCAACCAACAUUGGAGAGGCUAUAUAUGCCACUAACGUCUCAAAGGAUGUAUACAGAAAAUCCAAUGAUUUCAAUGAAUGAUUUUUCAAGCCAAGGAGUUUCUAUGACUUUGCCAACAUCUCAGACUCAGAGGAUAUAGAAUGCUGACCCUAUGUGGUUCUUUAUUUUCCCAGUCUAGGAACGUGUAGAAGUGAUGUCAAAAGAGCAAAUUAGAUUUUGUUUUGUUAGUCUCUCAAUAGCAAAUAACAUUUUUUUCAAUUUGUUCUUUUAAUCAUUAGAAAUGAAAGCAGCAUAGAAGUGCUUACCUCAAGCUAAAGUUUUGAGGUUGUACUGCAUGGAGCAGGCAGUACCCUUCAUCUGGACUUUCUCUAGUUUGGGUGUCAAAUGUACAGGAGUAGAGACUAGAGAAGAGAGAUAAAUGGGUCUAAAUCCUUAGUACCACUCAGUGUUGCCUUGUAUUGCACUGCUGCUAUGACUAUGGUUGAAGACAUUCUCUCUUUAUACUGAACUGGCCAUGGCAGAAUACCCUUGCGAGGACGGGGUUUCGAGAUUAUUAUUCCUGCCUGACAAAGGACCAUGCCGGACCCGGGGGAGAGAUUUUUGCCAAGUUCAGAAUGUGAACAGAUUUUCUAUCAGAUUAAAUUGAAUUUAUCUUUUCUCACAUAAAAGAUGUUUUUAAUACUAAUAAUUAAAUUUGUAUUUUUCUUACCAA